ACUACUGUCUUCGCUGUUCCACAGCCAUCCGCCAUUUGCUGAUUUGUUGUGAAUGAUAAGCGUUGGUAAAAUAAGUUGGCCUGUGACAGUGUAAUAAUUGUUCCCAUUGAAUUUUUUAGUGUAUAUGUGAUCAAUCUGUGCUGUGGACCUAUUAAUAUCAUUGCUUGGGCGCAGCUCAAUGCCAUAAGCUGUGCUCUGGAAGUUUGAGCAUUUGGUGCUUUUUCAAUGGUUAGUUUACUGGAUUGCUGAACACAGUCCAGUCUGUUGAAACUUCUUGAACCUAUAGAUGAUCCAAGAUUACUUUUGUCAUUGUUGAAUGGAAGGAUAGUGGGGUAUCUGUAAUAAACAGUUCAUGGUUGACACCUAUGAAAAAGGAGGCCUAUUGACCACCUUGCAAGGAACAGAAAGUUUUCAAUAAAAUUAUUAAAGAACAAAAUCCACAUAUUAAUGGCUCUUGGGAAUUGCAUGAAGUGAAACGUUGUAUGUUUGAAACUGAUGACUUCGAAAAAGCAAAAAAGAAGUGUAUUGAAGCUGAAGACACAUCCAACUUGGAAUCUGAUGAUAUAGAUUCAAUUAGAAGACGAAAACUGAGGGCUAAAAAAAAUUUCAGUAGCAGUGAAGAUGAUGAACCAUUGAGGAAAAUUAAAAAAAUACCAGAGCGCCCACCACGUUUUCAUCACAUUGUCACAAACAAUGCCCAAGAAAAUUCCUGUAAACCUAGUAAUCCUGAUUCAGUCCUAUCAAGUGGCACAAGUACCUCAACAUCGUCGUUCAGAUUAUUAAGCUCUACUCCUACUAACAAUGAUACCCACACUCUUGGCAGAUCAAUACAAGUUACCCCAGUUAGAACAAAUCUUGGAACUAAUACUAACAUCAACAACAGUCUAGGAUUUGAUCGCAAUAUACUGUCUUUGCUCUAUCACAUUAAAGAACAAAAUGAGCAGAUCCUGAAUCAUUUGAAUAAAAAACCUCCAGAAGUAGGAACACUGCCGAAUGAUUUACCAAUAGAAAUACCUCUCAAAGAAAUAGAACAAAUCGAAGAACUGGAAAUUUUCCUGAAAUCUGAUGUAAACUUGUCUGGAAUGGUAUCCUACCUAUCUACUCUGGGUGGUAAAGAUCGUACGUCCAAAACCAACAAUAUUUUGAGACAUUCACUUACCGACCAGCUGGCAACAUCCUUCAAUUUUCGAGGAAAAAGACAAAAAAGACCAUUUUGUGAACUUUCUUUGAGUGAUUGUAUAGUAAGAGCAGUAAAAAAAAAACUGAAAGUGCGUCCAAUGCCCAAGUAGAAGCAAUAAUCAAAGUCUGGCUAAAGCAUGCACCACAACGUUGGAUGAAGAAAAAUGCUCAUUGAGAGCUGGUUGUGAAGAGUGAAUAUUUCUUGAAUUGAGUUGUUUUGAGUUACUUUUUCAUUAUCAUUCUUCAUUUUCACUUUUGAAAUGCAUUGUUCUAAGACAAAUAUCAUUGGCAAAAGACAAAUAUACCGGAGAGCACAAGUAGAAGUUGCUAAUUUGAUAACUUCCACAAAUGAAAGUUCAUUCAGUAUUAAAGAAAAUAGAGCAACUUGUACUUCGGCAGUGAGUAAUGAUAUUUAUGAUAGUGAUAAAAAUUAUCUAAAAUCUCCCAGAAAUACUCCUGUAUGUGAAUCAACAUCUAAUAGUUUAGAUAACGAGUUCUAUAGUCAGUCAAAUGACAUUGAUUGUGACUUGAAUAUCAUUGAUUUGAAUUGUAAUUCUCGGCAAUCACUUACAAAUAAUAAUUCUAGGGACAUUUCUACUGAUUUGAAAACCCAAUUAUUGCAGUGGUCAAUCAAUCACAGGAUAGCACAAGUGGCUUUCACCGACUUAUUACACGUUCUUGCUGCAUAUCACCCUGAGUUGCCACUGGACUGUAGGUCUUUACUUAAAAAUUCUACUAACCAAAUCAUCAAACAAUUAGACAGUGGUGAAUAUACCCAUUUUGGUCUUGUUGAUAACUUACUCAGUUAUUUAUCACUCUGUCCUUCAUCAAACAUUUUCCCAGAAUAUAAAAUUAAAUUGGGCUUCAACAUAGAUGGUAUCCCUUUAUUUCAUAGUAGCAAUAUUCAGUUCUGGCCGAUUUUAGGACGUAUAGUACAUCAUGUUGAAUUCCGUCCAUUUGUUGUAGGAAUAUUUUGUGGAGAAUCCAAACCCCAGCCUCUGGAUAAAUAUCUAGAGGACUUCAUCAAAGAGUUGAAACUUCUAUCACAAGAAGGUUUUUAUUUUGGAGACGUACAUUAUUCAAUUCAAUUUCAUAGCUUUAUAUGUGAUGCACCAGCCAGGUCUUAUAUUAAAUCUGUGAAAUCACAUGGAGGAUACUCGUCAUGUGAUAAAUGUGUUAAAGAAGGUGAAUAUGUUGCUUACCGUGUCAUUCUAAAAGGAACAUCAUCUAUGCUGCGAACAGAUGCUUCAUUUUUGAGACAGGAUGAUGAAGAACACCAUAUGGGUUUAUCACCUCUAGUUGAUUUGCAAAUUGGGUUAGUAUCGUGUUUUCCAAUUGAUUAUAUGCAUUCUGUUUGCCUUGGUGUGAUGAAAAAAUUGUUGAAUGCAUGGGUCAGUGGCCCUUUAACAAAUAGAUUAGGUAGUAAAGAAGUUAAUGUCAUAUCAAAACGUUUAAUUUCUCUGAGAGAAUAUAUCCCUAUUGAAAUUAACAGAAAACCCAGAGAACUGUCUGAACUAGCCCGCUGGAAAGCGACUGAUUUCAGAACUUUUCUGCUCUAUACAGGUCCUAUUGUUCUCAAAGAUCUUGUCUCUCUUGCAGUUUAUGAACAUUUUCUCUUGUUGCAUUGUGGAAUAUUAAUUCUCAUAUCAAACACCCACCUGAAAAAUAUUGGUUCACAAUUUGCAAAUGAGCUGUUAACAACUUUUGUUAUUCAUUGUAAGAAAAUAUAUGGGGAACAAUUUUAUGUGUACAAUGUACAUACAUUGUGUCUCUUGAGUGCAGAUACAGAUCAUUUUGGACCUCUGGACACUUUUUCUGCUUUUGUUUUCGAAUCUUAUUUAGGUACACUGAAAAAGUUGAUCAAAACACCAAAUAGACCAUUGCAACAAAUUUUUCGCAGGAUUAAUGAAAUCAAAUCCUUCGGCAAUAUUGACAUUUCAUUCCAAAAUAAAAUUGAGUAUUGUAUCAUACAUACUACUGGACCUUAUAGUCCUAUUUACAAACAGUUCAAAAAAUUUUUAUUCAAUGAAUGUACUUAUUGUAUUUACUCUCAUAGCAGUGGCAACUCGUAUUGUUCAGUAAGUGAUAAUGUUAUUAUUCAAAUACAUAAUAUUUUAGUGAAACAAGAUGUUGGUCAAACAGUUAUAAUCGGAAAACGAUUCAGAAGUUAUAAAUCUUUUUAUACAUACCCUAUAGAAUCCACAACGUUUGGUAUUUACAUUGUAGAAAAUUUAUCAGAAGAUUUAGAAAAUUGGAACAUGAAAGAUAUUUCACAUAAAUGUAUGAUUCUCACAAUAUCAGGAGUUCUUGUUUCAUUCCCUAUGUUACAUUCAGUUUGAAUAUGUUUUCAUUUUUUUUAUUAAAAAUGUGAAUAACUUCUAUAUAUUUUCAACACUUAUGCAUUCGAUAAGUAAAGCUAUUUUUUCCCUCU